AUGAACGUCGGUAUUUAUUUCAAUAUAGUUCCGAAGGGAAAUGAUAAACUUUCUUUGUAUUUUGAAAAUAAGAAUUCAACCUUGAAACUUCACAGUAAUAAGGAUAGUGACAAUGCGCAGUGGGAAGUUAAAUGGCUUGGAGCCGAGAAUGGAAAGGACAGGGUUGUCUUGAUCAACAAAGGGCUUGGAAUGGCCAUGAAGGCAGAAGAACUCCAGGAAGCCUCUUCCAUCGUCCCAUCUGACUAUGGUGGAGAACUUCAUGAUGGUCAAGAUGUUCGUUUGUACCCAUAUACUGAGACGUAUAAUGACCUCUGGGCUUUUCAAUUAGUCGAGAAUUAA